AGGCUCUAUGGUCGUGUGCGCGCCCGUGUCGUUGUACAUGUGCAUUCCGAGCUUUCGUCGAGAGCCUCUGGUGCUUUGUUGUCGCAGACAGUCAGCAGCAGCAGCAGCAGCAGCAGCAGCGAGAAGAAAACAGAGCUGGCGAGCGAGAGACGAGCUCGACAUGACAGAGGCGUCGUUGUGCUCGCGAGUAAGCCUCGAGUGUCAAAAAGUGCGAGACGGCGUGUCGUGCGUGGCUCGAGCUUUGUUCCUUGUCGGCUGAAAGCUCCGAGUCCCGAGCAGUGCGUAUGCAGGAGCUCGGUCGCGCGCGCGGGUCAACGAGCGCGAUACACGCGCGCACCUAUACACCUAUAACUUUUACGCGCCUCUGUCUCUCUUUCUCUCUCGCUAUCUCUCUCUGUCUGUCUGUGUGCAAAAGUGCAGAUGAGCCAGGUGCUCGUCUUUGGGUUGAAAAUAGACACACACGCACGAGCUCUCGCGUCUCGUGAAUCGGCCGAUUAUAAAUUAUAAAUCCUCCCUCUCGCGCGCCAAGAAAUCUCGUUGUAGGCGCGAAACUCGCCGUCAGCUCUCGUUAUCGCUGCCUCGAACAUUCUGCUGUUUCCAGUGAAAUUUGAACAAAAAAAAAGGCAUAACAACAAGAAGAAGUAAAGUCGAAACAAAUGGGAUCAAAAGGAACGAGACGAGUUGCCGAGAAUAAGUCAAAUUAAAUUUUGUUUGCGAAAUGCUUAAAAACCCGGGCCGGUUUUGCAUAUAGACAGCGCGCGUAUGAGCAGAGCAGAUAUAUACGUAUUCGACAUACGCUAAGCAGCACAUGGCCGAGCGCGUAAAAAUAAAACUUGAAACAUCUCCGUAAGCUGCGGAGCCAAUAGAGCAUUAUCCGCGGCGUGCAUCCCAAGAGUGAGAAAAAAAAACACGUACGCACGCACACGCCUCGUGCUGAGAAAAACGCCGUCGAGUGCGUGUCGCUUGGGGCUUGCAAUUUUUCCCCAACGCGUAAUACGUGCACCGGUUGUGACAAGAGAAAAAGACCAGCGGUAAAGUCAGGACCAGCGGUAAAGUCAGGCUGGACACUAAUGCCCACGUUCAAAUUCACAAGUGAUAGUGCAGCUGAUGAAUUCGGAAGAUUAAAAGUGCGUGUACAACAUUAGUCGUGCGUGGGUGGCUCCGUAGUCGCUCGCCACUUCAUAUAAGUUAAUCAGCAAGUGCGAUUGGUUACUUAGUUAAAAAAAAAAAAAACAAAGAAAUAGAAAAGACAAUGGCCGAGACAAGCCCAUACCACAACAAUGCGCAGAUCCAAAGCAUGAGGCGGAAAACGCGCUCGGCCUCGAUCUGCGCGCCUGGCUCGCAGAGCAUGGAGCAGAUGUUGAACAAUAGCGGCGGCGGCGGCGGUGGCUGCGGCGGGAUACCACCCAUGCCAGCCAUGGCCAGGGAAAGGGAUCGGCUGAGGAAGGACGGCAGCAGCGGCAACGCCACACCCGAGAGCAACAGCACGCCGAUCAAGAAGCGACGACCAGCCGUCAGGUCGCAGAGCGCCAGGGUGUCCAGGGACAACAAGAGCAUCCGCAAGAAGAGACAGGAACAAGCAGCACAGCACAGCGAGUACCACAGCGAGGCGGGCGGGGUGCGCUCGGCGCACUGCAUCAGCGAGCCCAGACUAACCGACAACGACGCCAGUCCGGGCCUGCGUCGACGGAACAGCCGCAGGGGCCAGAGCGUGCAUCAUCCGCAUCAUCACAACCGCAAAGUCAAUGCGUACCUCGACGUUCCGGACGCUAACGGACCGACCAAUGCCCAGCGCGAGGCCGAGCUCAUGCUCGACGAGGACCUGUACAGACUCAGGAGCUUCAGUCUCACCAGCAAGGGUGUGAUAAACCGAGGCGACUCGUUUCGCAAGAAGCGCUCGCGCUCCAACUCGCUGGCGCCGAACGAGGCCGAGAGCGCCGAGCAGGAGAGCAGCAAGAACAGCAACGCCAGCAAAGCCGCGCCGCCCAAGGAGGUGAUGUCCUACAGCGUGGCCAUACUCGGCGCCCGAGGGGUCGGCAAGUCGGCCCUCAUCAGCCAGUUCAUGUCCAGCGAGGGCAUCAAUGCCUACGAGCACGUCAGGAGCAGCGAUACUCCGAGCGAGCAGUCGGUCUUUGUAAUGCUGAACGGCGAGGAGAGCGAGCUGCGCUUCGUCGAUAUCACCAAUAUAAAGGAACUGGAAAACAUAGCGCAGCCACACGCCUACGUCUUGAUGUUCUCGGUGAUCGACAAGGCAUCUUUUCAGCGCGCCGAAGGCCUCCUGUCGCGUCUUCACGAGCAGGACAUUCGCGGCCGGCCCGUCAUCCUCGCGGGCAACAAAAUCGAUCUGGUCCGAACGCGAGCCGUCUCGUCUCAAGACGGCAAGUGCUUGGCGUGCACGUACCGCGCCAAAUACUGCGAGAUCUCCGUCGCCAUCAGCCACAACAUCGACGAGCUUCUGGUCGGCAUACUGAGUCAAAUCAGGCUCAAGGUCGCCCAGCAGCAGAACAGCAGCAGCGCCGGUGCUUCCGACUCCGAGCACUGGUACAAGUCUCGUGGAAUCGUUCGGGCCAGCAUGAAGGCGCGACAGAUGCUCACUUGGCUAUUUGGCAAAGAGGACAGAAAGUUCAAGAACUGCGAGAAUCUUCACGUGCUGUAAGAAUACAAAGACGACAAGUUUUUAGUGUCAAAUUAAACAUCGCUUCAUUAUUUAUUAAGUAAAAGUCCAUACAAAGAUUAAUUAUUCGCUACGCACAGUGUGGCAGGCUCAUACAGAUUUUUUUGUAAGAACAAGUAAUCUUGAUUCGUUGUUUAUUUUAUAUACAAACCCUUUUUGCAGUUUAUCAGCUAAACUAGCCUCAUGAUAUUCAUACGUAAUGUAUGGAGUCUUACGAAAAAAUUUAUACAGAUAGUAGGUGUAUAAUUUUAAAUGAUAUUUAAUGCUUAUGCAACAAAUAGAGUAAAAAUCGAUUCUCGAAGAAAGUAUCAAGUCAAAAUUUUUAUCCAGCCUUUUACUUAAAGUAUAAAAUAGAUACUUGUUUUAAUAAGCUUCAAAUUUAUAUACGAGUCAUUUUUAGUGUUCUAUUUAGAUUUCUUCAAAAUGUCGGUCAAGUUUAUACUUGCACAAAUUUCACUUACAUUAAAAGUGAACUUAAAAGUGAACUGCAUAAAUCAAAAGAUUUUAUGGUUAAAGGUACUUGCGUAUUAAAAGGAUAAAAUACGUACAUACAUAUAUACAUAAAUCAAAGGGCCAAAGUAUGCAAUAUCGUAGUACAUGUAAUUAAUCACGCAUAGUAAACAAACAUUAAAAUAAUUAUUAAAAAUAUCGAGCGCAAAAUGAAAUUUUUUGAAAAAAGAUGACUGAAUAAAAUUUGUUCUUCCAAACAUGAAUUAUAUCAUCAAAAAAAUCAUAGUACUUGUUUUUUUUUCGUUGCUCUACAUUACCUUCGAAGUAAAACAAUUCGCAUAAAAUUCUUGGGAUCAAAUAGAAAAAAUACUCAGUAAAACUAUUUUUUCUAUGUGACUAUACGUGUAUCUUUGCGAUGCUUCGUACAUUCUUAUCUAUUUGAAAAUGUUUACAUUACGAUUUUACGACUAGACAAUAAUCGUGUUCAUUUAACCGGAACACGCAAAUUACGAUAGGACGCGUAAGUGCGACGCGACACUUUAACAGCUGUGCAUAAAAAUGCCCUGAAAUAUGAUUAUAAAUAGAAAUCAAAUUAUGCAAAUUUUCUCGACUCAUCGUUUGAUAUCAAAGUUUUAAUUUAAGUUUCAUUUACAAUCAAAAGUUCUUGCUACAUAAGUAUUUUACUAUUUAUUUAUAAGUAUGAAUUAAUGUUUUUCACUUUGUGAUAAUUUUCGUAUGUAUAAGGCUGUUCGUCAUAAAUCAAAUUGCUUCGAUUCUCGAUUCAACCCAUAUUAAAAUGUUUUUUAGAGCCUAAAAAAAGAAAUUAUAGCUUCGCCAAAAAAUAUACUUCCUAUAAUUCCAACAGUGUGAAAUACUUAAAAAAAAAGCAUUUAAUAUUUGCCAAAGGCUAAGACUUUAUGAAAAAAGGCGUGAAAAACUUCACAUGGAAAAAUAUCCAUACAAAACUUCGCAUCCCUAAAAAGUACACGGAACGAAAUCCUUAAAACUAUGUAAAGUGUAAGUGUAAAUUGGCUUAAAAAAUAUUCAAGGUAUUGCAUGAAUUUAUUAAAUAUUUCAAAUACCGAGCUGCAACUGAAAAUUUAUUAACUUUUUUAUCCCAAAUAAAUUUUGCAGAAGAUACGAGUGAGAAUCUGAGCAAUUUAAGACAAUAGGCGAUCAUCCUAAUAUGUACAUGCUUGGCUCUUAAAAUGAGAUAUCAGUAAAAAUAAAUCAUAAACAUUUUUUUAAGCAAAUAAAAUUGUGUAUACUUGUGCGUUGACAUAGAAUAAAAUUGAUUUAAAUGAACGAUGGUUGUAUAUAAUAAAGAUUAUGUUUGAAUCAAAAUGUGAGGAUAUUUGUCACUGUAACACAUUAGAAAUAGGAAAAGUACACCUAAUACGAAAUGAUUCAUUAGCUUUUAUUACUUGAAUUCAUAGCUUCUAAACAAAUGCAUCAGUUCAUAUUUGGUGUACAUCGUGUUAUCAAAUAUUGUGAAUAAGUUCAUGUUAAGUGUGUGAAUGUAAAACAGGUAAAAUAAAUUUAAAAAAUCUAACUUUGGGAACAAUGAAAUGUUUAUAAAGAGGCAAAUUUUAAUCAUUUCUCGAUAAAUAUAUAAUAAUUCUAAUGUCUUCGUUGAUAGGAUGCAUGUUUAAAUGAAUUUUAAUUUCGUUAUCUGAAAUAGUAUCAUGUAAAAAAUAGGCCAUGAAAUAAGUUAUGUUGUACUUUGUACAUGCGUAAAGGGUAAAAUCGUCUAUUAGUGUGCUCGAUAACAGGUCUUGUACUGGUUAGGAAACACUUGAAUUCAUUGGAAAAUUUCAUUGAAUUUAACUGACACAUUAAAAGGGAUCCUAAUGAGCCAAAACGUUUGAGAAAAGUUAUCAAACCGUUUUGUACGUUAUUAGGAGAUGUAUUGCCUCUUUGAUCGAAAUACUUUAUGUAAGAAAUAAUCUGUACUAUAAUAUUGAAAUGUGUAAAAUAUAUAU